UGCAUGAAUGAAGAUCAGUUAUGAAAGGAGUCUGAGCAUCGAGCGCAUUCUACGACAAAGAAGAUGGUCGGGAGGAGAGAUGAGCGGAUUUCCCAAAAAGGUAAGAAGAAGUAUGUAGAAUGUUCUGGUUGUGGGCAUAUAUUAUGUCAGGGGGCGCUUAGUCAAGUCGCAUUGAAUGUAAUCUGCAAGUCGAAGGGCAAGCACCCUCUCCCAGCAACCACCACCUCUACACCAUGGCUCUCUCAGGGAACAACAAUACAAACGACCUUCACGACGACCACGACGACCACGGUUCUUUCCAGCAGAGGCUCAAUAACAUAUUUACCCCCCGUUCUAUCCAAGAAGACAAUCUCGACGAUGAUGGGAACGACAUGUCUUCACUAGAACCAGCCUUGCAACCGGAGACAGCGGAAGCAUCUUCUUCCACAUUCAGAGUCAGUGUUGCUUCAUUCCCCUUUGUAUCAACGCUUACUAACAGACAUCUUCAGGACCGCGAUAAUGAUGUGGUUAUGGCAGGCACAGACCAUUCAUCUACUGCGGGUCCGAGCUCCAGCUCAUUAGAUGACACACCGCCUUCUCCAUCUAGAGAAACCCCUGUCGAUUCAUCUUCAUUUGUACCAACUACCGAUGAUGUACCACCUCCACCCCCCUCUCUCAGUUCCAAUCGCAGAGCGAGGGUGGAUGACGAGAUGGACGUGGAAGACAUGCGCGAGACGAAUCGUCAGCGUAUAAACUCCCCGCCUGUUCAGAGCCCUGACCUUCCUCCCCACGAUCACCCACAUCCACCUAUCCAUGACGUCCCUCAACACCAUGGCCACGGCCAAUUUAUAAUGGAUGAACCUGGCGGACACCGGGUUGUUUUUGAUAUCUUCGUCGGUCCCGCACACGCAGGACCUCCUCCAACUGGUGUAGACCAGGCUCACGCCAUGCCCAAUAUACCUGGUGGUGCCAUGGUAUUCAACAUCCCUCUAGGUGGGAACGCUGGUCAAGGGGCGAACGACAUGCAAGGUGGCGCAGCCGGCCAACAGAACCCACAGACACCAGCUGAUCUACUCGAACACAUUCGACAGCAAUUCGCAAAUCCUCCUGCGGACUUUAUGCAAAUGCUCAUGGGUGGACUUGGGUUUGGGGGAGAAGAACCUGACGACCCUGAGCGAGCGAAACGAUUGGUGGCCGGAUUGGAAGAAGUUCCCCCAGGAUUGGUGAAACGACUGGAGCGGGUAGGUGGCGAGGAAGGCGAGGGAGGCCCGAAUUGCGCAGUUUGUUGGGAGAGUCUCGUGGAUGGCGAUGGCGGCUUUGAACUCAAGGACGAGAAAGACAUGAAGGAGCCAGAGAAGACUCCCGAGCAGCCUAUGACAUCUGAACCCUCAGAAGCACCAGUUGCAUCAAGCUCAGCUGCAGCAACUAAUGCUGAUCUUCGACCUCCUAAGGAGGAGACGUCCGCGCGCCCCAGGAUCGUCGCUUUACCAUGCUCGCAUGUCUUCCACGCUAACUGCCUCCUACCGUGGUUCACACGUCCUCAUCGCACGACUUGUCCCACAUGUCGAUUCGAUAUCGACCCCGAGAGUUUGACUUACGUUCCUAGACCACUACACAGGAGACAAACACGUCAAGCACCCACACCAGCUGGUCAAGCACAAGAUCAGCAACAACCAACUCCUGGUGUCCCGGCGAACGAGCAGCAAACUCAGCCUCCACAACAAACUACAGCAUCCAAUAUACCGCCUAAUAUACCUCCUCCACCUGCUCCUGCUGGACCCCGCCCGCCACCUUUCGCAUCUCUCUUUGACGGUUUCAAUAACACUUUCCCACACCCUCCUGCACCCGUCAAUCUACCCCCUGGUGUCCGUAUCCCCACCCCUCCAAUGCCAGCAGGUCCAAGACCUCUUCAUCAACCUCUACCUGUAUCACACACUCCCUCGCCUGUCAAUUUACCCCCCGGUGUCCGUAUCCCCACCCCUCCGAGACCAGCACCUCCAAGACCUGUUGCUCAGCCUGUACCUAUAUCUUUGAGCGGGCUUGGGCCUAAUGCAUACAGACCCAUGAACCCUAUGUCAACACCGAUGACUCAGGCGGGAACGUCACCUUUUGCUGCCGGAACAAGUAAUGCGGGGAACGCACCAACCACAUAUACACCGAUUGGGCACGCUGCUUAUCAGAUGGCUUAUGUCGACGUACCACCUUUGCCAUAUGCCCGCCCUCAGUCGACAAGAGCUGAACAAUCGGCCUCAAGGCCUGCUUCCACGCCCGCUGCUAAUCUCGACGGCGCACCUACGGCUGCUGCUGGUGCAGGUCCCAGCCAGACCAUGAACCCGCCUGCUGCGAAUGCGCAGAACCAGAAUACGAAUCAGACUCCAGGUCAAGAUGACGCUGGUGCCCCUCCACCAUACCUUGCUUUUGAUAUUUCAUUCGUAGUACCUGUUGCCCCCGCCGGUCCAUUUGGAGCGCCACAAGGUGUACCUGCUCAAGCUAACGCUGCCGCCGCUGCCACUCCUCAGCCUGCCCCAGCCCCUCCCGCCAACGCCGCCGGGAAUCCACCUCCUGUAGCGCCUCAACCCAUUCCUCGAGUCGUCCCCCAGAUGUUUGGAGGAGGAUUCAACAUCCCACCAGUCGGUGUUGGUCAUGCAUUCAAUAUCGGACUUGGGUUGCCUGGCGGCGUAGUCCCACCUCCAAGACCUGCCUCGGCACCUACUACAGGCCAGUCUGCUCACCGUGGUCAGGUCCCAGUUGGAGGCUUUCCGUUCACGAUCCCUGUUGUGUCUCCUGCACCUCAGCCACAACCUCGGCAAGGUCGGCAACCCCAGCAGAGGGCUGCAGGUGUUCCGCCUGCUGGUAACCCUGCUCAGAAUUUGAUGCAGGCGUUCAGUCGGGCGUUGUUCCAGGCUAUGACGGAUGCGAUGGCUCACGAAGGUCAACAGACUGAUGAGCAGAACCUCCAUGGCGCUGAACAUGCAGCCCCCGCGGACGGUCAACAACGCCCUGCUCAAGCUCCGGUGCAGCAACAGCAAGCAUUGCAUAAUCUAGCUGCUCAGCAGGCGUUCGCUGAUCUUCAAUUGCCUACGCCAAACCAGGUCCCAACCAAUCUGGAACAAGCUACCAACGCCAACGCCGAUGCCCAAGGCCACCCCGCCCCUCCGCAUACCCAUUUUCACAUUCACAAUCCCACGAAUGGCGAAAUCGAUGACGGAAUCUUUAUCCCUCUGUUUGGUAAUGGCUUUCCUAGAGCCGGUCGACGAGGAACUGGUCAAGGUGGUGAGAAUGCGCCACGAAAACCUCAAUGGACACUCCCACCUGCACCUGGUCUGACUCUUCGUGAACGUAUUGAAAAGAGGGAACGCGAGAUUGGUUUAAGGUGUUCUGAUAUCAGCUGUGGUGUUGGUCCCUCUGACGAAGAUCCUGAACCCGUCGUUGAUCCUAGGAACAUUCGACAGAUCGGCAUCCGUAGACAGGGUACAGGGAAGGAGAGGGAAGAGUAUGUGUGCGAUCAUAAGUUCCAUACUGCUUGCCUGGUGAGCGCUGAACGCGUUGCUGGCUGGGGUGCGGAUGAGAAGGAGGAGGAUAUGGAGGAUAGGAGAAUGGUGGGAGAGGAGGGGCAAGAUGAGGAUGUAGAGGUGUCUUGUCCCGUUUGUCGAGCCGUUGGAUGUGUUUCCAGGGCCGACUGGGAGGAGGGAGCUUGGUCAAUUGUGUGAGAACCCUAAUACCUUGUCGUUAUCAUGGACAGGGGAUUACUCUAGUCUUGUUGAUUGUCUCGUGUUUCAUUGUCUCUUUGUGAGUACUUAUUGCGAUCAUCUUUCUUUCGUCGCGUGUGUACUGACGCGUUUUGCAUAUGGCAGAAACAGUCCUUGUUCCAUCGUCCGUCUAUGUAACAUGCACGUCGUCGGUCAUCUCGUAUUCUCUUUUCAUGUCGCGCAGUGCUAUCGUGUUAUCGUUUAUUCUCGUCGCCAAUGUCACCAUUCCCCUCUUCACUCGUAUACCCUCAUUGCAUAAGUCGUUGCACCGCUUUAUUCCGUCGUCCUCUUCCCUCCUCUCCUCUCCCACCAUAUCCUCAUAUCCCCUCAUCCUCCUAUCGUACAUCUGCUUCCCCGCUGCAACGUCGUUCUGCAACUUGCCUAUGGGUAUAUGUCUUCUUGCAUUAUAAUGUUUAUCGCGUUUCUACGUCUUUCUUGUAUGGUACGGAACUGAUAUUUGUAUAUCUUCCCUGUUUCUUGUCGUAUCAACAUUUGUACUUGUACAUAUCCAGAUAAUAUGUACAGUUGAUCCCUUCGAAGUAUGAACUUGAACAAUGCGGCUUGAAUUUGCUACCAGUUCCUCGUCCUUGAAUAUUUUACUAUUCAGUUAAUCCCAAGUAAUUGCGCGCACC